AUGCCCGCCAGUUCGCGUACUUCACCCAAUCGCGAUGCCUCUCGCGUUUCUGUCGACACUGUCGCGGUUCAGCCCUUGGAGCGGCCUGGAUUUCCUACUUAUGCCCAGUACAAGCAGAUCGAGACGAAUUAUAUCGAAUCUUUGACACCUCGUCGACAGGGCAAGGCUCUCAUCUCUCAGGCGAUGUUCGACAGGAUCUGGGACGUUUUGCAUCACCCCGAGUCCCAGAUUGAGACUGCCCAGUUCCGCUUCUGGGCUCGGAAGAUGUUUACUGUCAAUAAGGAGUAUCGCAUCACGCUCGGAGUUCCUGAAGGGAUCCAGUCGCCUGCGCAGGAAGUCCUCUUGCAUGACAACCUCCUAGUCGCCAUCCAGGAGCAGCUCUACGACCUCCUCUGCUAUUGUCAUGGAAGCACUGGUCACGGUGGUCGCGACAAGACCUGCGCUCUCAUUCGAAAGCACUACACCUGGGUCCCCAAGGAUCUCGUCUCGAACUUCAUCAAGGCCUGCCCUACCUGUAUCAUGAAGAAGUGCGGCAAUGUCGAUGUCAACUCAUCUAUUCCCCAGCUCAUCGCAGAAACGGAUAGGAUGUCGGCGCGUCUGAUCAAUCAGGAGGUGGUGGUGGAAAGCGGACGCGACGUCAUGGAUCCCAGUUCAUUCUCCGCCCGACUCUCCUCUCAUGUCAGCUAUCAAGACACGUCCACCCACAGUACUUCUCCUUCUCUCUCUUGGACAUCUGGCGAACAGAAGCAACAAAAGCAUCAUCACACCCCCACCAUGCGCCAAUCCAUGAGCCACGGCAGCAGCGACUCUUCGCCUUCUGGGUUCUCGUCUGUUCAUAGCGGUCCCCUCAACACCCCCGACGAUAACUCCUAUCCUACCCAGCUUCACUCCAUGGUGCGCGAGGUUUCUCUCUAUAGAGGUCUGCCGAAUGGUUGGCAGUAUCGCCACGACGACUUCGAGACGGCUCAUACAGAGUUCAUGGAGUACAAGAAACAGUGGGACCACACUCCUCUCCAUGACCCCGCCGACUACAGCGACCCUCUUCGCCCCCGGAUCCCGAGCAUCGCUGGAAUGUGGACGCCCGACCACUUCAGGACGUCGGUGAAGGAGGAAGAAGACGAUCUGGACCUGAUCUACCCAGGACAUUCCACUGUCGACUCGCAUUAUCACCAGCAGCAAGUCGUCCUCCCUCCCAUGUCUCGCGCUCUCGGCAUGUCGGGGAUGUCUGGCAGUUUGGCUCCUAUUUUGCUCGGCUCCCCUCGGUUGGGCGAUGGGUAUGUGGGCGAGAUUGACCCUGCCCUGUUGGCUCUUCCUGGAACUGGUCCUCUUUCGAUAAUGGAUGCGCCCAACCUUCAUCCCCAUGGUGGUCUUGGUCUGUUACAUAGGGAUGAGGCUGACACCAAAGCUGCGUAUGAGCAUCUUGACCCCCAUGAUGGCGCCGAUCCUUUCACCUCUCAUUCCCUCUCUGCCUCCAACUCGUUCAAGCGUGCAAACGCCCCCCCUGCGCUCGAUCUCAGUGGUAUCAACGAAGAGGCUCCGCGAGCACUGCCUGCGACGAGCCAGACCCACAUGGAUGCGGAUGCGGGUGGCUACGAGUCGCACGGGGAGGGAGGUUGGGCGAACGUCGUCCCCUCAGACCCCAGCCCUACAAGCAGCGAGGUGUCGUCUGGGUCGUCUGGCUCAUCCGGUCUCUCUCCUUUCCCUGUUCCCACUUCGGCAAAGGAGACGCCGUUGACGUCUGCCACUGCCAGCCCUGUCUCGGACGACGGAGCGUCCGACAUGAAGAACAUCGACGCUGCCUACCUCAAGGAAAGGGCUCACGAGGCGGCGCUUCUCAAGGGUGUCCAAGACGCUGUCGACCAUGGGGAGCUCCAGGAAGUCGAGACCCAGGUGGAGGACGACGACCUCCUGCGCCAUGUCGGCUAUGCGUUUUGACUCGGAGUUGUAGGGGUCGACUCGGAGGUUCUCGGUGGUGGAGAUGCUUAAUAU